AUGGCGGCAGGGGCCGUGGCGGGAGCCUGGGUGCUGGCCCUCAGUCUGUGGGGGGCAGGGGCAGUGGCAGGCUGUCAGAACAUCACGGCCGCGAUCGGGAAGCCGCUGGUGCUCCGCUGUAAGGGUGCUCCCCGGAAGCCACCCCAGCAGCUGGAAUGGAGACUGCACACAGGCAGGACGGAGGCCUGGAAGGUCCUGUCUCCCCAGGGAGGCUCCUGGGACAGCGUGGCUCAAGUCCUCCCCAACGGCUCCCUCCUCCUGCCGGCGGUGGGGGUCCCCGACGAGGGGACUUUCCGGUGCCGGGCGGUGAGCCGCAAAGGAAAGGAGAUCAAGUCCAACUACCAAGUCCGAGUCUACCAGAUCCCCGGGAAGCCCGAGAUCGUGGAUCCCGCCUCUGAGCUCCAGGCCGGCGUCCCCAACAAGGUGGGGACGUGUGUGUCUGAGGGGGGCUACCCCGCAGGGACUCUCAGCUGGCACUUAGAUGGGAAACCCCUGGUACCCGAUGGCAAAGGCGUGUCCGUGAAGGAAGAGAGCAGGAGACACCCCGAGACGGGGCUUUUCACGCUGCAGUCAGAGCUGACGGUGACCCCAGCGCAGGGGGCAGCGCCCCGCCCCACCUUCUCCUGCAGCUUCCGCCCCGGCCGCCCCCGGCGCAGAGCCCUGCACACAGCCCCGCUCCAGCUCAGCGUCCAGGCCCCGGAGCCGGGGCCACAGGUCCAUCUGGCGGUGGAGCCGGAAGGCGGAGCAGUAGCUCCUGGUGGCACCGUGACCCUGACCUGUGAGGCCUCCGCCCAGCCCCCCCCUCAAAUCCACUGGGUCAAGGACGGCACCCCCUUGCCCCAUCCCCCCAGCCCAGUGCUGCUCCUCCCUGAGGUAGGGCCUCAAGAUGAAGGAGUCUACAGCUGUGUGGCCACCCACCCCAGCCACGGGCCCCAGGAGAGCCGUGCUGUCAGCAUCAGCCUCAUCGAAACCGGCGAGGAGGGGCCUGCCGCAGGCUCUGUGGGAGGGCCUGGGCUGGGAACCAUAGCCCUGGCCCUGGGCAUCCUGGGAGGCCUGGGGGCAGCCGCCCUGCUCAUUGGGGUCAUCGUGUGGCAAAGGCGCCGCCGCCGAGGAGAGGAGAGGAAGGCCCCGGACAACCAGGAGGAGGAGGAGGAGGAGCGUGCAGAGCUCAACCAGUCCCAGGAGCCCGAUGCAGCCGAGGGCAGUGCAGGAGGGCCUUAA